AUGCAAUCAUCACAAAAGAAGUGGACCAAGGAAGAAGUUCUUGAAACAUUCGGUGAGGAUAUUGCUUGUGCAGGUACGGACGAGAUUGAGCACCGAUCCCGAUUAAUUGAGAAUGAAAUUCACGUGUUUAAGAAUGAAAAGAAGCGUAUUCAAUAUGAUGAAACGACAAUGAAGGAAAAGAUAAAGGAAAAUACGGAAAAGAUCAAACUUAACAAACAAUUGCCCUAUCUUGUGGCUACUGUUGUAGAGAUUUUGGAAACAGAUGAAAACGAAGAAAUUAUACAAGACGGAUCAAGCAUUGCCCUUGACGAAGAUAAAAAGGGAAAAUCUGCCGUCAUAAAAACAAGUACAAGACAAACUAUUUAUCUUCCUGUUAUCGGAUUGGUCGAUUCAGAACAAUUAAAGCCUGGAGAAUUAGUUGGAGUUAACAAGGACAGUUUUCUUGUGUUGGAAAAGCUGCCAUCUGAGUAUGAUUCUCGUGUCAAAGCUAUGGAAGUCGAUGAAAGACCAAAGGAAGAUUACGAUCAAAUUGGAGGAUGUGAUGCCCAAAUCAAGGAAAUGUAUGAAGCUAUUGUAUUACCAAUGACAGAGGCAGAUCGUUUCAAGAAAAUUGGUAUUCAACCACCAAAAGGCGUCUUAUUGUAUGGACCUCCUGGUACAGGAAAGACCUUGCUUGCUCGUGCAUGUGCUGCCCAAACAAAAGCUACAUUCUUAAAGUUGGCUGGUCCACAAUUGGUUCAAAUGUUUAUCGGAGAUGGUGCCAAGCUUAGAUUCGGUUCUGACAAGUCAGGUGACAGAGAAGUCCAAAGAACUAUGCUUGAAUUAUUGAACCAAAUGGAUGGUUUUUCUCAAGACACACGAGUUAAGGUCAUUGCCGCAACCAAUCGUAUUGAUAUUUUGGAUCCUGCUUUAUUGAGAUCUGGUCGUUUGGAUCGUAAGAUUGAGUUCCCACUUCCUGACGAAAAGGGACGUAUACAGAUUUUAAAAAUUCACUCCAAGAGAAUGAAUGUUAAUUUUGAUGAUGUCAAUUAUGAAGAGUUGGCUCGUUGUUGCGAAGAUUUUAACGGAGCUCAAUUGAAGGCCGUUUGUGUCGAAGCUGGUAUGAUUGCUCUCAGGAGAGAUGCCACUCAAAUCAUGCACGAAGAUUUCAUGGAAGGUAUUGCUGCAGUUCAAGCCAAAAAGAAGGUGGCUCUCGACUAUUAUGCUUAA